UUCCUGCCAUCCUCCACUUAACUUGACUGGGUAUCCUUUGCACUCACAUCAUUGUGCCUGGGUUUGAGAAAGAAGUGCGUUCAAAACUCAUGGAGAGUCACUGAGGUUCAUCAAGUCAUAAAACCAGCAGACUGAAAUGGAAACAGACAACAUCCACAAGGGGGAGUCGCAAAACGGCUCUUCCGGCUACACCCAAAACUCCAAAAAGGCCGCUGUGCUUCAUAAAGAUGUUGGUCUGCUGAGUGGUAUUUGUUUAAUUGUGGGGACCAUGAUUGGCUCAGGCAUCUUCAUCUCUCCAAAGUCUGUUCUGCUCUACUCAGGGGCUGUGGGACCAUGCCUUAUUAUCUGGACUGCCUGUGGAGUGUUAGCCACUCUUGGGGCCCUGUGCUAUGCUGAACUGGGCACCAUGAUCACCAAAUCAGGGGCAGAGUACUCCUAUUUGAUGGAGGCCUUUGGCUCCCUUGUGGCCUUUAUUUACUCCUGGACAACAGUCAUGGUGCUGAAGCCCUCCUCUUUUGCUAUCAUCACGCUGAGUUUUGCCGAAUACGCCUCUGCUCCUUUCUACCCUGGCUGCACACCUCCUCUUUUGGUUACCAAAUGUCUGGCAGCAGCAGCUUUAUUCCUAAUCGUCGGUGUCAACUGUUUGAGUGUCAAACUUGCAAGCUAUGUGCAGAACUUCUUCACAGUAGCCAAACUUGUCAUCAUUGUGGUAAUAAUUGGAGCUGGCAUUGCUCUUUUGGCACAAGGAAAUACCGAAACUCUGUCAAAUACCUUUGAAGGCAAGCCGCCAUCUCUUGGAUCCAUUGGACUCGCAUUUUAUAAUGGGCUUUGGGCUUAUGAUGGAUGGAAUCAACUCAAUUUCGUCACUGAGGAGCUGAAAAACCCAUUCAGAAAUUUGCCACUGGCCAUCAUCAUUGGAAUCCCUUUGGUUACUGUGUGCUAUGUGUUGGUCAACAUUGCCUACUUCACCGCUAUGACCACAACCGAGCUGCUGUUGUCUCCAGCUGUUGCCGUGACGUUUGGAGACAGGGUCCUCUACCCUCUGUCUUGGAUUGUUCCAGUCUUUGUUGCCUUCUCAACAUUUGGCUCUGCCAACGGAAGCUGCUUCACUGCUGGCAGACUGGCCUAUGUAUCUGGCAGAGAAGGUCACAUGGUGAAAAUCUUGUCUUAUAUUAGUUUGAAGCGCUACACUCCCCUUCCUGCUCUCAUCUUCAAUGGUGUUUUGGCUUUUUUCUACAUUAUCCCAGCAGACAUCAACACCCUCAUUAACUACUUCAGCUUUGCUCAGUGGGCAUUCUAUGGUCUAACAGUCUUUGCUCUCAUUGUGAUGCGCUUCACCAGGAAGGAACUCCAUAGACCUGUGAAGGUGCCGAUCAUCAUAGCUGUCCUAAUGGUUUUGGUGUCUUGCUACCUGGUCUUGGCCCCCAUCAUUGAUAAGCCAGAACUUGAGUAUCUUUACUGUACCAUCUUCAUCAUCAGUGGACUUCUUUUUUACUAUCCAUUUGUUCAUUGGAAAGUCAAAUGGGCACGCAAGUUCAUGAGACCUAUCACUAUGCAUCUCCAGCUACUAAUGGAGGUGGUUCCACCAGAGAAAAUGGAAUGAAACGAAAUCCCCAGUGUGUGGAUCUGUGUGGAGUUUGCAUGUUCUC